AUGAGGGUGUCGCGCGCUAUUUGGGCAGUGCUUCUCGGAAGCCGGACCGUCGUGUCGUCCACCUCGGCCGAUCAGUCUCCGAAAAACAUCGUCCGCGGAGCCUAUAUUGUGGAACUCGACAACGAUGGUGAUGGCCCCGACUCUCUGUACCAGACCCUAGCCAGCGACGACAGAAUUGCUGUGGACCACCGCCGCGACCUUCGGUCCAGCAUCUUCAACGCCGCGUCGUUCCAGGUUCGGGAUGCUGCGACAGAUGGCAGCCACGAUGCAGAGGGUUUCAUGGAGAAGGUCAGGGCUAAACGCAACGUGAAGAAUGUCUGGCCAGUGCGGACCGUCUACAUCAACCAGGAGGUUCCCAAGCCCUCCCGCAUGCACAGCCCUGUUGGUCGGCGGCACGAGUCUCGAGAUGUGGAUGAGAGCAGCAACACAACCACGUUCGCUCCUCACAUUCAGACACAGAUCGACAAGCUACGCGCAGAGGGGUACACAGGCAAUGGCGUUCGCGUUGCCAUUGUCGACAGCGGUGUUGAUUAUACGCACCCAGCUCUGGGCGGGUGUUUCGGCCCCGGGUGUCUAGUCGAGGGUGGUUACGACUUCUCAGGAGAUGAGCUUAACCCGGAGACUGGCAUUCCCGCGACGCCUGAUGAAGACCCGUACGAUCCCUGUAUGGGCCACGGGACCCACGUCGCUGGGAUUGUCGCUGCGCAGGCCAAAGACAACGCGCUCGGUUUCUCUGGCGGCGCCCCUGGCGUCAAGCUCCUCGCGUACCGAGUCUGGGGCUGUGGCGGCGGCAGUACCAACGAGUUGAUGAUUGCGGGUUUCAACAGGGCAUAUGAGGAUGGCGCUGAUAUCAUCAGCUGCUCCAACGGCUAUCAGUCGGGUUGGGCACAGGAAGCGAUCUCGGUUGCUGUCGCCCGUAUCGUCGAGGCAGGCGUACCCGUCCUAAUCUCUGAAGGAAAUGAUGGGAGUUCAGGCCUCUUCAAUGCUCUCACCCCCGCCGUGGGUGCCGGCGUCGGCGGAACCGGUGCCGUCCAGAAUCAGGUUCAGCCCAUCUUCGAGACGGCCGCAUCCUUCACCGUCGGCGACGCGUCGUCGAAUGCGACUGAGUCUGAGGAAUUCGGCUUCGUGGCUGGUGAACCGCUUUUCAGCGAAGACAACCUGAUCCUCGAUCUUCACAACCUCGGUUCCGACGCCUGCAGCCCUCUGCCUGACGACACGCCGGACCUGGCUGCGAAAUUGGUCCUGCUUGAAGUUCCUGACUCUAGGGCGACUAGAUGCUAUCCGAUCGACCAGGCCACUAACAUUCAAGCCAAGGGUGGCCGCUAUGUCUUGUACUAUGCAAGGGACAAUACCACUGUUGAUGAACAGUUCCUCUAUGUCGAUGGAAUACGAGGUGUUGGCACUGUCCCUCCCUACAGGGGCGCAGCUUGGAAUGAUCUGCUGGCUCAAGGAAGCAGAAUCACAGUCUCGCUGCCAAGUCUCAAAAACACCAGCGCCGUUAACCAGACCACUUCACCGACCUUUUACUACGAAGAGGUGGAGAGUAACGUCCAAGGCGGUAGAAUCAGCGAAUUCACAACUUGGGGCCCAUCUUGGGAGCUCAACCUGUCGCCUCAGUAUCUCGCGCCAGGUGGGCAGAUCCCAGGGCUGUACCCUGUGGUGAUGGGCACAUACAAGAUCAUGUCUGGUACUUCCAUGGCCGCUCCACAUGUGGCUUCUAUUUAUGCUCUGAUCAAGGAGGCAAGGGGAUCCAGUGACCCGAAGACGAUUCGUAGCCUUCUCUCGUCCACAGCCAAGCCGCAAGCUCCGAUCGGGAGCGCCAACAACACCACAGGACUCCUUGCCUCUGUUGCACAGCAGGGCGCAGGUCUGGUACAAGCUCAUGAUGCGGCACACUCGACUAUAAUCCUUGGCUCAGACGGCAUCGCUCUCAACGACACCGACAACUUUGUGGGCACUCAAUCGUUCAGCAUUCAGAACACCGGCUCCAGCGACGUCACUUUCACUUUGGGACACGCCAAGGCAGUGACCAUGAACACCUUCCGGGAGGGUUCCAACGGAGCGUUGCUGGCCUCAAAUACAGCAGCUGAAGCAUGGGCCGAGUUGUCCUUCAGCACUGACAAGGUCGUUGUCCCGGCCGGGGGCUCCGAAAACGUCACGGUGACGGUCACUCCACCCGAGGGCCUAAACGGCACGCUUCUGCCCGUUUACAGCGGCUACGUGACCCUCAAGUCAGACGAACAGUCACUCGUCCUGCCUUACCUUGGAGUCGUGGGCAGCCUGGUGUCAACACCGGUGCUUGAAUCAAGGAACGUGUACCUUGCGAAUUACAACACCCGCGCCGAGGCCAACAGGACGUACACGAUUGCGAAGCCCGAUCCCGAAGGCUUCAUCAACACUGACCGCGGCGACCAGGCCACAGUGCCCAAUGUCUCUAUCCAGCCGACUGCGGGCACAGCACAGCUGCGGAUCGACAUUCUGGCUCUUUCUUCGGCGGUUAACAGCACCGGCCUCCCGACUACCCCCUUCUUUGACCGGUUUGAAAGCGUGGGAACCCUGCCAGGCUACCCCGUCCCAUACGCACCAAACGAGAACCGUGCGGCGUUUUUCAAAGGUCGCACGGCAGACGGGAAGGUGCUGCCUGAAGGGGCAUACCAGCUUGCCGUGUCUGGUUUGAGGGUGUUUGGCAACGCGAGCAGCGCGGAGGAUUGGGAUACCGUGAAGACGGUCCCAUUCAACGUGAGAUAUGCUGCUGAGUAG